CCCAACCCUCACUCCGCGCCAGCACCUUGGACGACCAGCUCUCAGGCCCACGUUUCUGCUUGUUUCGGUCCGUAGUAUGUAUGCGUUUGCGAUCGCACAUUGCCGGUGAUUCGGCCGUUUCUGCGUCUGGCCUACUCCACGGCGUGCCAUACGCCGCACCUCGCCCACGACACCACUCUCCACACUCCCCCACAUCUUGUGUUUGCACGCGCAACACCGCCCGUUCGCCCUCCUGAGGGCUCCGUCGAUCGCGCUUUCAUCCAAACGAAGCUCGUGCCGCAAAGUAUUUGGUCGCAACGGCUACUGCGCCUGCUCUUCAACACGGCACAACCGUUGCCUAUCGUCUACGGGCUCUGGCGGCGCCACAACGACGCAAUGCGGAGAAGUAGCUACGCAGCAGCUCUAGCUGGCAACACAGGUAUUAGCCCUGCAAACGCCGCGCCUACCCGCUCCGGAGCUUUCUCGCAUCUCGUCAACAGCUCGACACCUCACACGAUAAGCCAGCACCGCCAGUCGCGCUCCAUCGACGCCGACGGUCACCCCAACAGCAUGUCGACUAGUUGGGGGAGAGGUGGUGCACUUCCGUCGUAUUCGAGCCAGACCGGCCACUGGCAAGGAUUGGGAGGGGGAGCCCAGGACGUCCCGCCGUUCUUUGUACCAUCGUACCUGCGCGGUUCGAAGCACGCUGAGAAGCUGCAGGAGGCACACAAAGCGAAGUUGGCGGCGCAGCGCGAAUUCAGGUCAACGCAGUCUUCGAACGCUGGCUCGUUAUCGACAAGUUCGAGCAGCGUCAACCUUCACACUCACAAGCUGGCCGGCUCGCACCGGGGGCUGACACAUGAGGUCAUCGAACGAGCGCCUGUCUUUGUCGACGAGCCGGCCUCGCCCUGGCCGACCAAGUGGAACGAGAACGACAAGUUUGCGCAGCUCGAUAUUGAGCAUGAAGGCAGGCAGGCCAAGUUCUCUGGGUCGCAGAAGACCCACGACGAGGCGGCGUCGGUGCGUGCAGACUGUCCUAUGCCGCGGCAGUGUGGCAUAUACUACUAUGAGGUGACCGUUGUAUCCAAGGGAAAGGACGGGCGUAUGAUUGGCGUCGGGUUCUCAGGACCCAAAGUUGCUCUGACUAGGAUACCAGGGUGGGAGCCGGACUCCUUUGCAUACCACGGCGAUGAUGGGCAGAUCUUCAACAACACAACGUCAGGGAAGAACUAUGGACCCAAGUUCGGCACGCUCGAUGUGAUCGGGUGUGGCAUCAACUUCCGCACAAAUACAGCGUUCUUCACUAAAAACGGCCACAUGCUGGGAACUGCUUUCCGAGACCUCAAGGCGAACAUGCCGUACUAUCCUACGAUUGGUGUGAAGAAGUCUGGCGAGACAUUACGUGCGAAUUUCGGCCAGGAGCCCUUUGCGUUCGAUAUCGACAAGAUGGUACAAGACGAGAAGGCCGCCAUCCAGAAAGAAAUCAACCUGACAAAGUUCGUGCCCAGCGCUGCGUCCGCUCCUGAGGAAACUCAGUUCAUACACCGACUGAUCAGUCAGUACUUGGCACAUGAUGGAUACGUUGAGACUGCACAAGCAUUUGCGGAAGAAAUCGUUGAUGGGGCACGCGCACUUGCCAACGAUGAUGAUGCAACCAUACCGUACCAAGAAGCCGUCGAGGAUGUGGAUGCACUGAAUCGUCAAAAAAUACGCGCAGCCAUCCUCGAGGGCGACAUCGACAAAGCGCUCAAGCACACCCAAGCAUACUACCCCUCCGUCCUCCGCGAUAACGAGAACAUCUACUUCAAACUACGGUGCCGGAAGUUCAUCGAGAUGAUCCGCGACUGCAACGAGCUCACCACACAAUGCCAGUCCACACGCAAGUCCAAGCACCCUGCCUCGAAUGCCAACAAGCGAAAUUCGACCGCGACGGACGAGUACGAUUUCCAGAUGGAGCUUGACGAGCAGUUCGGGGUCAACGAUCCCACGCCCAGCCUCGACUAUCUCGAUGAUGACGAUCUGGUGGACAAGCAGGCUACACUGCAGCAACUGACCGCCAGUACGAUUGCAUACGGCCAGGAGCUCGGCGCGGAAUUCGCCAACGAUCCGAGGAGAGAAGUCAAGCAAGCGCUCAGGGAUACGUUCGCGCUGAUUGCGUACGAGAAUGCGAAGGAGAGCAGUCUCGCGCCGCUGCUGGAGGUCGACGGACGGACCCCGGUGGCUGAGGAGCUGAACAGCGCUAUCCUAGUGAGUCUCGGCAAGUGCAGCUCGGCAGCCAUGGAGCGGCUCGUGCAGCAGACGGAAGCGCUCGUGGGCGAGCUCGCCGAGGACGGCGGGCCCGGUGCAUUCGUCAACGUCCGCAGGGACUUUCUGCAGUAGGGUGGAAGACGUCGGCGGGCAAGAUGCGUCGCCUGGAUGUGGAGGAAGAGGGGCGUUUGACGAGGAUGGGCGGUGAGCAGUGCAUUUGCAUACGGGUUGGGCGUUCACGGGCGUCAUGAGCUGUGUCGGGGUUCUGGGAGGUGUUUGGGUUGGAAUCGUGCUGUAUUGUAGAUGGCUUGGAAGGCGCGGCGCCGCUAUACUCAACUCCAGGUUAUUGAUAUCGCGCGCUCGACACUGUCUGUGCAUACGUGUCUAUGUGAGGGCUGCUGCGCCAUGCUUU